CAGUCAGUAGGCAACAUGGCGCUGGGGAGACUCGGUAAAUGUUGUCGGUCGUUACUUCAUGAUACCUCCAAACGAGUCUUCUGUGGCGUUUUACAGCCUGCUGGGCUUGAGGGGUGUUUAGGAGCAAAGAGGCAUCUGCUGUCUGAAGAUGUAGUCAAACUACAGGACUUCCAGCAAAAGAAGCUGGCUGUGGCUCACCGUGCAGCAGGAUCUGAAGGGAGUUUUAUUGAGUUAUUCAACCAGAAAAUGCAAAGGAAUGAGCUGAUUCUGCGAGAUGAGCUCAAGCUUCUCCUUCACCUGUGCCAGUCUUCAGAGGACAUGCAGAUAGCCAGAGAUGCCAUCUACAGGUAUCACUCUGAGAACCGUAACUUGAUGUAUGGGGAUUUCAAGUUUGGCCCGCUCUUCAUGCGGCUGUGCUAUGAGCUCGGUCUGGAGGGCAUGGCUGCUGCUACACUGACAGAUGAGACCAUGAAAGGAUUUUUCAACGACACGACCUCCUUUAACAUCGCCGUAGACAUGCUAUUCCUGAAAGGUUCUUAUGAAACUGCUUUGGAGGUACUGAAAACCAUGAGAAACCAGGGCAUCUCCUUCAACAAAGACACUGUGACACUGGCAACUGCUACCUGCUAUAAACAGAAUACCGCUGAGUCCUACGGGAUCUGCACCGCUCUCAUAGAAGAACAACAGACUAAAGGGAACUUCAUCCCCAGGCAUGCUUACUGCUUUGCUGUGGCGUUAGCACUUCGGCGGAGUGACCUACAAAAAGCACAAUUGCUGUUUUCCCACAUUAUGAACACAGACAGCAGACUCUGUCAAAACUUUAAGGUUGUUUUACUGGUGAUGUCUGGAGCUAUACAAGAUGCAUUGUCCAUCCUCUCAGCUGCCAAGUCUCCUAACAGCCCAUAUUUUGUGAAAAAGCCUGAGUUUUCACAGGAAGUGGUGGAUUUGCUUCUGUUACGGAGUGAGAGAAAACCGAUUCUGAAGACUGUGGAGCAGAUAGUGGCUCAGCUGGAACAGAGCGAUCAGGUGACUCAGCUGACCCUGGACGACAUGCUGUGCCGCACCCCGACUGGGAGAAGGAAACAAGAGCCAAUCAUAGAGGAGAGAAGAAGGAGUCGACGGACUCUGAGGCCGCUGAACUCCACUCUGAUCUCAGAGUGAGCGACAGUUUUAAACACUAUGGCUUUGACUGGAGUGGAUUUCAUCGCUACACCUCAGUGUAGGUUCAAGGCCGUUAACCAUAACCUGUUAUUAUGUGCACGCUGUUACCAUCACAGACAUAACAAUCACCGGUCUUCAUCUUACAGAUGCAACAAUAAAGAGGGAGGAAUUGUCUGUUUUUAAAAUGAUUAUUUUUCUAUUAUAAAGAUGAAUAUUUCCAAGAUUAUCAUCAUGCAUGGACUAAAAGCAUUGAUUGAAGGAUCAAAGUGUCAUUUUAUGCCAUCUAGUGGUGAAGUUACAAACCAGCAUUGCACCUCGAAUUUAUUGUUUAUUAGCAGCUGUUCUCCAAGUUCAGAGGGCAACUCAUUGCAUGCAUGAAACCUUUUGAAAUCCACAUGUAGGUGUUAUCAUAUUAUUUGUCCAUUUAUUCUUCAUCCCUCUUUGUUUGGAUUAUCUACCUCUUCUCAAACAUUUGCACAUCCCUCAGCAGACCGGUGCUUGGCCCUAUGUUGACUGUGUUUUGAACAGAAUCACAAAUGAAAACCUUUAAAUGAGUAUAAAUGACCUUGCAGAAAUUGAAUUUGAAUGUCUGUGGUGAUCUGGGGGGAAUUUAAAGCAUUUGUUUAUUUAUGUAAGUGAUUAUUAAAAGUCCAUUAGAUAUUUAAUGAAACCAAAACUCAGGUUUUUCUUCGGUCUCCUCAGUUGCUCCAUCUUAUGCUUUUUACACUCUGAAGAGGAACGCUUGCAAUUUAGUGCUUUGUUACACCAAUGAUUAGGCUUAUUUUUUUAAGUCUUGCUUCAAAUUGUUAAAUGUCCAUUAAUUUAAUGGCACAACGUUUUGCACCUAUUCUUAGAUUUUUUUUUUUUAAUUUUAGCACAAAUAACUUUUUUUUUUUAAAGAGUUGGAAAAAAUAUAGAUGAAGUAUAUUUCAAUGGAUUCUUUUUGAGGGGGUGUCACCACAUGAUUUUAUGUUUUUUAUAAUUAUGCAUGAUUUUAUUAUAUGAAGCUUUUUAUAGCUGUAUGGUUAUGUUGGCCUAGAUGGGUACUAUAACUAUCUUCAUAUGAAGUUGUUUAGUGCAUAAACAUAUAUAAUAAAUAAAUGAUCUGGAUGGAUGAUCCUCCAAUUUCUCAAAAAACUAAAGCAAUUUCCAGUGUAAGUGGAAUCAUUGGUAGAAUUUUAGUAACAGAUAUUGUAACUAACCCGAUAAUAUAAACUUCUUUUUAGAAAGAGAAUGUAUUUGGACAGUCUGGAUUUUUCAAACCAGUUCUUUAAAAACAUUUGCCUGAGCAUAUCCACCCUAAUAAUGCUGACAGUGGAAAGACGGCAACUUGUCUGUAUCCUCUGUGAGGAAUGACUAUCCGUGCCAGCUAUGUCAAGAAGGAUUACACACAAUGUCACAAAGCUCCAAGCAUGUUGAACUGGUUUCAUAAACAGAACAAGGAAUUCCAGUCGACUGCAUUCCAUCCACCAAGCCUCAGUUCCAAAUCUUGAAAUAUCAAUUCGUGUAGAUUGUGAAUAUAUAUAAGAAUUUAUUUCCACCAUGAGAGAGAUAUUUGAGGUGCACCGUAUGAUUUUGACACUUCUGGAUGCCCGUCAACAUUAAAUCUUUUUACUCUUUGUUCCCCCCGACUAGAUUUUCUAGC